GGAAAAAAAUAAAAAAAGUGACAGAGAAAUAUCCAUUUCUCCCCAAAUUUCUCUCAAAAUCAUUUGCUCCGUUUAAUCCUCUCUCAAAGGAGGAAAAAAAGGAAACACCAAUGUUUUAGUUCUUUUUCCCAACAAUCUUCCUCUUUCUGUUUAUAUAAUUUUUUUUGAAGAAUAGUGUUGUAUUUUUUACAUCAUGAGAAAAUUGAGCCCUAAUUUGGACAAAGAAGAUGGAUUGGAUACAGUUUUGGAGGUUCCUCUUCCAGAAGAAAUGUUUAGCAAAACGGAUGGCAGCAGUGCAGCAAUCAGGUGGAAGAAGAUGCUAAAUCUAAUACGAGCUGAUAAAUUGCCAAAUCGAUCGAAGGCGGUUUCUUCUGGAAAUAAUGAUCAAUUUAUGUUCUUGUUGAAAAUUGUUGGAUCUGCUCUUAUACCUUUUCAGGUUCAAUUGGAUCAUGCAAUUAACUUGCCUGUUAGAGAUGGUUGCAUUAAAGCUUCUUCUGCAAAAUACAUAGUACAACAAUACCUAGCAGCUAGCGGAGGGCAGGCUGCACUAAAUUCAAUCAAUAGCAUGUACGCGGUUGGGCAAUUGCAGAUGGCAAUGUCAGACAUACAGCAAAGUGGUAACCAAAUGAACUCCAAACGGACAUGUGAGGAUGGAGGAUUCGUUCUUUGGCAAAAGAACCCUGAUCUGUGGUUCCUAGAAUUUGUCGUAUCCGAUUGCAAGGUCAGUGCUGGUAGUAAUGGUACAGUAGCUUGGAGUCACUCUUCCACCAAUUCUAAUGCUUCAAAAGGUCCUCCAAGACCACUCAGGAGGUUCUUUCAGGGACUAGACCCCAGAUCAACAGCCAAUUUAUUUCUGAAUGCUGUUUGUAUUGGAGAAAAGAAAAUUAAGGAUGAAGGAUGCUUUAUGCUAAAACUUGAGACAAGCAAAGACAUGCUGAAGGCACAGAGCACAGCCAACACAGAAGUUGUUCAUCACACCAUAUGGGGCUACUUCAGCCAACGCUCGGGAGUUCUCAUCCAAUUCGAGGACACGAAGCUAGUAAGAUUGAAGUCAGCGAAAGACAACAAUGACAGUACUUUUUGGGAAACAAGCAUGGAAUCAACACUUAAAGAUUAUAGGUACAUCGAAGGUAUCAACAUAGCACAUUGCGGAAGAACUGCAGCAACAAUUUAUAGAUAUGGAAAGAACUUAGACUAUAGAGCAAAAGUUGAGGAAACAUGGAAGAUUGAAGAAAUUGAUUUUAACAUUAGUGGUUUGUCAAUGGACUGUUUUUUGCCUCCUGCUGAUGUUAUUAACAAGGAAAAUGAACAAGAAUGGGAUUCUAGAGCCUCUUUAGCUGAAAAUAGAACUGUAUGAUGCCUAAUGUGAAAAUGUUCUUGUAUAUAAGAUAGAUAGGCUCUUAGCUCUUGUUCUUGUUUCCUAAAUAUUGGAUAUUUUGAUCGCGAAGGAAUUCUUUCGUCUCAAAAUCCAAGUAAUAUCCAUUACUCAAAGUAGUUCUUUCGAUCAUUCACCGAAAGAAAAUACUUGAUUUUGAAUUUGACCAAUUGAGAAAUACUCAAUGACAUAGUGCACAAAUGAGUUGAUUGA